UUGAAAAUCUAGGUCCGGCACCCGGGUGUGCGAGUCCGGCCUCCUCGAUAUAUUCGGCCGGCCGGAGCUAGCACCUCUCCGAAGGCGCGCAUAAAGCUCGACCGGUGGUAAUCGAUCAAGCAUGGCCGCCAACAACCGCAAGCGCGGCGCCGACGAAGAAGCCGCCACCGCCGAGGCGUCGGACGCCGAGGUGGAGCAGUUCUACGCCAUCCUCGGCCGGGUGCGCGACGCACGCCGGCUCCAGCACUCCGAGGCCGUCGACCGCGCCCCAGCAGCUGCCCCACCACCACCAGCCCCUGCCGCGCGCGCGCCGCCGAUGACGGCGCCGUGGCGCCCCAGCUUCUCCUUGGAGGACUUCGCGCGGCCGCCCGCUGCCGCCCGCGUCGCCGCCGGGAGCGGUCCGGUACCGCAGGCGCGCGGCAUCGACCUCAACGCCGAGCCGGAGCCGGAGGCCCCCGCAGCAGCGCCCAAGCGUAACUAGCACCGGUAGCCCUGCUGAUUCGCUAUAUAUGUGUACUUUCAGCUCCUCCACGGCUCCACCUCCAGCUAGCUACUAGUCAUGUACUCCGACUAGCUUGUGAUGAAGAAAGAGUCCAUGCAUGAAUGAAUGCAUGCAUGCAUGGAUCGAGCAUCACUGUACCGUUAAUUUGUGACUUCUUUUAAUGUACCGUACGUUAAUUACAUA